GGUGAGUUAACAGACGACAGCUCAGUUUUACACCAGGACAAAAGUGUUUGGGACCCAAAGGUUACGCGGAGAGCAGGGGAACACACUUGUGUCACACUUACGAGGAGCAUAUUCAUUUCCCCCGAACAGCAGAGAGACGAGGCAUCAUGGGGAAACAUAACAGCAAGCUGGCCCCGGAGGUCCUGGACGACCUGACUAAGAACACGGAAUUCAACGAGGCCGAGCUCAAGCAGUGGUACAAAGGCUUCCUCAAGGACUGUCCCUCCGGCAUCCUCAACUUGGAGGAGUUUCAGCAGCUCUACGUCAAGUUUUUUCCAUACGGCGACGCCUCCAAGUUUGCCCAGCACGCUUUCCGGACCUUCGACAAGAAUGGCGACGGGACCAUCGACUUCAGGGAGUUCAUCUGCGCGCUGUCCAUCACGUCCAGGGGCAGCUUUGAGCAGAAGCUCAACUGGGCCUUCAACAUGUACGACCUGGACGGCGAUGGCAAGAUCACCCGCGUGGAGAUGCUGGAGAUCAUCGAGGCCAUUUACAAGAUGGUAGGCACGGUGAUCAUGAUGCGCAUGAACGAGGACGGCCUGACCCCGCAGCAACGCGUCGACAAGAUCUUCUCCAAGAUGGACAAAGACCACAACGACGAGAUCUCCCUGGAGGAGUUCAAGGAGGCCGCCAAGUCGGACCCCUCCAUCGUUUUACUGUUGCAGUGCGACAUGCAGAAGUAGACGAUGAUUGUGUGGCGGAGUCAGGGUAAAGAGAGGAAAGUGGAGGAGAUGGAGUGGGGGAAUCUAAGAUUGAGAGGAGGAGGAAGAGAAGAUUUUUUUUCCCCUCAGUGCUUGGAGGAAUCGCAUUGGUCGUGUUAGUUUUCAUCACUGCGACUCAUGGAAUAUUUCGAAAACAAUCGAAAAUGAUGUAUUAGUAUACGUUUAGAGAUUCUAAUUUGGAAAUAUUCCACUGAUAGAGGAUUUAAAAUUUGACAGUGAAACAACACGUGUGUGUGUGUGUCCAUUUAAUGCGUCACUGGUGUGUCUGGGUGUAAUCCUGUAAAUCCCCUCCCACUUGGAAGUGCAUUUUUAAUUGGAUUACUGUACAAGAUGACAUCUGGUCUUAAAGCAAAACUUCAUUAAAAGUUCAUUACAAUGACGAUAUGAUUACAAACAGCAUCAAGUAAGAUUGCAAUCGCUAGUUGUUCUAAAGCGUCCCUAAAUCUGAAGAGGAACGCGAUCCCCAAUCAAGAAAAGGUCGAAGCGCAUUUUCACUCACAGAGGCAGCACUUCAUCACCUUGCCACCGAGUCAGUCAUUUAGUGUAGUCCAUCCGUGCAUGCGGCGCAUGCAGUGGAUACAGCCUCACUGUGUAUGACAGUGUUUCUGUUUUGUGUGUAAAAGGUAAUCCUGAGCUAUGGCUCGGGUACCUGAGACCCAACCUUUUGGAAACAAGUGAUUGCAAAGUCAAAUGUGAAUUUCUUACCAUGUUACCAUAACAAUCAUAAAUUAUGGACUGAAGUUUGCGAUUGGAGCUUCACAUGAAGUGACAAAAUUUGCAUGGCAGUGACUGAUUAUUACCUGUAAAGGCCAAACGCCUCUGCGGUUUAAUGCGGAGCCAGCGUCGGGCUCACCUCUCCUCCCGCCGCCAUCCUGCCCCUGCUCGUUUUGUCUCCGUCUUUCCCCCCCGAAAUGUCACAGAGGAAGCGCUUUGAUUCGAGGCGCACGGAGAGGAACCUGGUUGAACUCCGCUCUGAUCUAGAAAGAAAGAAAGAAAAAAAGAGAAAUCAAUGUGGGAAAAAUAGCAAAAGGUUGAAAAGGGAACCCUGUGACGAGGGUGCACCUGUUAGCCAAUGUGAAAGCGUAGACUGGAACUGGCAUGGAGAAUCCUACAUAUAUUUUAUAUUUAAAAUGGCUUAAAUUAGCUUAUCUAAACCCAGCACAAAGACUAAUUUGGUGUAAACAAGAUAUAUCAGCUUUACGAUGUUAAUGAAAAGAGAAAUGCAGUCUGGAGUUUAUUUAUUUAUUUAUUUGUAUCUGUGCUAAGAUGCUAAGGUAACAGAUGCUACAUAAACACGUUGAAAUGACUGUGUAGCUUAGCACGAAGACUCAUUUUGUGUAAACAAGAUGUAUCAUUUUGACUAUGCUGAUGAGUUAUACAAGUACAAGUUGGUGUUUAUGUGCUACGAUGCGAAGCUAAUUUUGAAACAAGACAGGAUGAAAUUGCUGUUAUCUUGAAUUAGCUUAGCGGAGCUCAAAGAUGCAUUUUGCAUUUUAAAAAAAAGAAAUAUAUAUAUAUAUAUUUAUGUGUGUAUCAGCUCUAUUAUGUUGAUGAUGGAGUUUGAUUUGGGAUUUGGUCUUUCUUUGCUAAGAUGCCAAGCUGACCGAUGUUAGCACUUUUUUAGCUUCGUUAGCCAAUUACUAUAAAAAUUGUUGUAUCCAGCUAAUAGGUACUGACCGGGAGAGAACUCUUAAGCAACCUUUUAGCAAUUGGAAGUAUAACAAAAAUCUUACUUUCUAAAUAUUCCUUGAAUGCAAUGGGAAUUCAUUUCUUCUCUUCCUCCUCCUCCCUAUCUUCAAAUCUACAUAACAAGCCCUCCUGUGUUCGAUACUGUAAUUAUUAUAAUAUGUACAUUAUCACACAAUGGUAUUUAUGAUCGCAAACCUCUGUAAUAUGUAAAUGUACUUGUAGCUUAGCUCUACUUUCAUAAAGAUGACACAGCUACAGUGUGUGAGUGUAUGCACGCACGCGUGUGUGUGUGCGUGUGUGUGUGUGUGUGGGACUUUUGCAGGCGUUCACACUCGUGUUUUGUAUUUGCAGCAUUUGUGUUACAAAAAGACGUCUUGGUCUAGUUUUACAAAUAUGCGUGUACUGUAUGUGUGUACAAACACUUGAGUAUUAUUCCUCCCUUUGUGCUGGUACUUGGAAUGGGUGCGUGUGUGCGUGCGUGUGGGUGUGUGCGUAUUUGUGUGUGUGUGUGUGUGUGUGUGUGUGUGUGUGUGUGUGUGUGUGUGUGUGUGUGUGGUUUUAAUCGUUGUGGAGGUAAAUAGUCAUAUAGACAAAUGAUGGCCAUUGUGGACAAGCCAGUGAGGGGACGCAGAGAUGUGAGUUAUGUGUCAGAGCGCCACCCAGUGGACGUCAGCAGCGUGUAAGGCCAAAUGAUUACAAGACAGUAACCAUUAGUAAGUUUUUUGCUUGCACCAGAUGAUCAAAUCUAAUUCUCACACAUUUUUCUAGAUUCAUUUAAGUCAAUGAGGUUAUAAUACUGGAAUAAAAUCAAUGAUAAUGUGCGAAGUAAACGAAAAGAGUGGCCCAUGGAUGCAUCACAUAGUGUUUAAUGUUAGUUCGGUUAUUAUGUUAGUGAGUGAACAAUUGCAAUUAAGCCGCAUAGAUGAAGUGCAUUAAUGCCUUUUUUUUGUUGCCCUUUUUGUUUCCGCUGAUUUGUUAAAUAAUCUCACAAAGUGGCCGCUCAACAGGUGCUUUUCUGAUUACCAGGGCCACAGUCCUUAUCUGAACCACUUUGGACUGGAGAAAAAAAAAACAUAAAAUUUCCUCCUGAAAAUAAUGUAUCAUUUCUUAUAAUUUGCGUGGAGCCUCUAGUUAAAAUUCAAAUAGUGAAGUGCCAAGGAUGGACUUGUUUUGCUUGGAGCUGAAAAUGACAGGAGGCAUUACUCGCAUCGCCAGAAAUGCUUAAGAAAUAUGCUUUGUAUUGUAUUUACAUAUGAAUAAUUUGUAAAUGUCUAUUUGUCUGUCAGAUGUUUUCCUAUUUGUUUUGGUUAGAAAAAAAAGGGUAAUGUAAUUAUUUUUGUUACAUGGAUUAAAACG